AUGCGACGCCACGUGGUGAACCGCGCCCCACUUUGCCGCCUCCGCCGCCGAAGCCCGCAGGGCCCGCUGGAGGGCCUCCCGGCCCGGAUCGGUGUCGCCGCCCCGCGCGGGACCCCCACGCGCCCCACCGCUGACCGCUCGCGCCUCCACGCCAGCCGCCGCCUCCGCCGUACGCCGCCGCCAGCGCCCGCACGCACCCUGCCGCCGACCGACACCGGCUGCCGCCUCCGCCCGCACCACCGCGCCUCGCCCCGGCUCCGCUCGACGCCGGCGACUCCAGAUCCGGCCUCUGGUGCCCGGAGCGUCAGCUCCUGCAAGCCCCGCAACAGCGUCGCCUCCCUCCGCGACGACAGCCUCGACACCUACUGGCAGUCGGACGGCGCGCAGCCGCACCUGGUCAACAUCCAGUUCCAGAAGAAGGUGCAGCUGCAGCUGGUUGUGCUAUACGUGGAUUUCAAGCUGGACGAGAGCUACACUCCCAGCAAGAUCUCCAUCCGGGCCGGCGACGGCUUCCACAAUCUCAAGGAAAUUAAAAUGGUGGACCUUUUGAAGCCAGUAGGAUGGGUUCAUAUAUCAUUAUCUGGCACUGAUCCCCGAGAAACAUUCAUUCAUACAUUUAUGCUCCAAAUUGCGGUGCUGGCCAAUCACCUGAACCGGAGGGACACCCAUGUCCGGCAGAUCAAGAUAUACGGGCCACGACCGUAAGUUGGAUUUCGUACCUGCAGCCACCCCACCAUCUAUUAGCAUCCCUUA